AUGAACCUGACAAUAUCUUUUUCUGCACACUUAUGUAGCGCAUUAUUCAGGUAUGUCAUUUUUCUGUAUAUUAUUCCCAUACAAUACCACUCCACGAGUGAUACCUAA